AAAUUUAAAAACUACUCUUUGAAAUCUUUGGUGCCGUUUGGGCGCCACACCGUUUUGUCUGCCGUAGUAUGCGUCAGGGACGAGAUCGAAGCCCACAAAACGCACACAGACAACAAAUAAACACAACAGGCGGCGCAGCGGAUGACUCGAGAAAGGCCUUCGUCAUGGCUUCAAAUCACCCGAGUGCAGUCAAACGGGACGAAAAGGGGAGAAACAUCCAAGUGGUCGUCAGAUGCAGACCUUUCAACACGAUGGAGCGCAAGUCAUCACACAACGUGAUUGACUGCGAUCCGAACAGGAAGGAAGUUCUGGUGAGGACGGCAGGUGUUAAUGACAAGGCGUCCAGGAAGACGUACACCUUCGAUAUGGUGUUUGGACCCGCCGCCAAGCAGAUUGAUGUCUAUCGGAGCGUUGUGUGUCCCAUCUUGGAUGAGGUCAUCAUGGGUUACAACUGCACCAUAUUUGCUUACGGGCAGACAGGCACGGGGAAGACAUUCACUAUGGAGGGAGAACGAAGUCCGGACGAGCAGUUCACCUGGGAGGAGGACCCCCUGGCUGGGAUCAUUCCCAGAACCCUCCACCAGAUCUUCGAGAAGCUGUCCGAGAACGGCACCGAAUUCUCAGUCAAAGUUUCGUUGUUGGAAAUCUACAACGAAGAGCUCUUUGACCUGCUCAGCCCAAGUGAGGACGUCACCGAGCGGCUGCAGCUCUUUGACGACCCAAGGAACAAGCGCGGCAUGGUUGUCAGAGGUCUGGAGGAGGUGACGGUCCACAACAAAGAUGAGGUCUACCUGAUCCUCGAGAGAGGAUCUGCCAAGAGGAGGACGGCCUCCACGCUCAUGAACGCCUACUCCAGCCGCUCGCAUUCGGUCUUCUCGGUCACCAUCCACAUGAAGGAGAUGACGUUGGAUGGCGAGGAACUGGUCAAGAUCGGCAAACUCAACCUGGUGGACCUGGCGGGGAGCGAGAACAUCGGGCGCUCCGGCGCGGUGGACAAACGGGCGAGGGAGGCGGGAAACAUCAACCAGUCUCUCCUGACGCUGGGCCGCGUCAUCACGGCUCUCGUGGAGAAGAGACCUCACGUCCCGUACAGAGAGUCAAAGCUGACGCGCAUUCUGCAAGACUCGCUGGGGGGGCGAACAAAGACCUCCAUCAUCGCCACUGUGUCGCCGUCCUCCAGUAACCUUGAGGAGACGCUGAGCACGCUGGAUUACGCCAGCAGGGCCAAGAACAUCAUGAACAAGCCCGAGGUGAACCAGAAGCUCACAAAGAGGACCCUCAUCAAGGAAUACACGGAGGAGAUUGAGCGUCUCAAGCGAGACCUCGCCGCCGCCAGGGACAAAAACGGCGUCUACUUGUCAACUGAGAACUACACGUAUGUGCCGACGCACAAUUGUCGAAGCAGGUUGAGUCCCGAUCUAAUGCCGAUCAUGUGACGGUGCGUGCAGGUCAGCGAGCUGUUUGUGGACAGUAAAAGUAAACUGGAGCAGUGCGCCUCCGACCUGCUCGACAACCUGCAUAGACUGGAGGAAACCAGCCGAGACCUGGAGGCCACCAAAGACAAGCUGGCCGAGGAGGAGUUCGUCAGUGGCGAAUUGCGCACAGCCCAGGAGAAUCUCUACAGUGCCGCCACGCAGCUGCUGAACACGGCGGACGCCAGCACCAGCGACGUCUUGGGUCUGCACGCCAAGCUGGACAGGAAGAAGCUGGUGGAGCAGCACAACGUGUCAGCUCAGCAGAGCUUCGCCGAGCGCAUGGCGGCGGCCUUGGGGAGCGUGCAGCGCAGCGUCCAACAGCAAGGCGACAAGCAUCGACACGUCCUCGGCAGCUAUUCGCGGGCCGUCGACGGCGUUCUGGCGGGCAGCGAGGCGGCGCUGGCCCGCGCUGUGAGCGGCGUGGAGGGCCUGGUGGCCGGCGUGGGGCGGCUGCUGGGCGAGGGCGUGGCGCGCCGGCAGGAGCGCGUGCGGCGCCACUGCCAACUCGGCCAGCGGGACCAGGAGACCAUCAAGGAGCUUCUGGAAGAGCACCAGCGAGACAUGGAAGAGGUCCUCCAGGUUCAGACUCUGAUGGGUUUUUCAGUGCUCCAAGAGCUGAGCGCCUCCCUCAGGUCCACCGCGGAGGCGCAGCGAGCCCUGGCCGACAAGGUGGAGGCCAUGAAGGAGACGGGCAAGUUCUUCAGCGGCCUGGUUGGAGACCUGGCGGCUCUGCGAGAGGCCACCGUGCAGGACGUGAGCGUCCUGCUGGACCAACGGGACCAGCUGGAGGAGAAGAUCCGAAAAGCUCAGGAGAGUAACCAGCAGAGAACCAAGCAGACUAUCCAGAUGUUGCAGGACCAGCUCAACCUGCUGUCCACGGAGGCGCACGAGGACUACGAGAAGCUGUGCUCGUUCUCCGGAGUCCUGAAGACGCCCCUUCAUAGCCUUCGAGACAACCUCAGCAGCGGCUGCGAGUCCUUGGAACGUCGGGGGUCCACCCGGGCGGAUCUGCUGUGCUCCACUUCCUCGUCCCUGGCCUCAACGCUGCGACGUCACGUGGACGAGAGCCAGCAGGCUCAGCAGGAGGCCGACGGUUGCCGUGAGCACCUCCAGCGCAGCGUGUCGGGUUUACUUCAACGAGACCGGGAUUGGCGCUCGGCACUGGAGCGGCACGCCGACCAACGAGUCCAAGAGCAUUUGUCAUUGGCGGCCGAGGAGUCGGCCGACGCGGAGACCCUCGUUGAGAGCGUGAAGACGUAUGGUACCGAGCAGCUUCAUACGUUGGAGGCGGCACUAAGGGCCCACCAGGACGAGAUGAAGCAGACCCUGGAGAAGAUGCGCAGCCAAACCUCCUCGGACGCCGCCACCCUGGACCGGCAGGAGGCGGACAUCCGCGAGCAGGUGAACGCCGGUCAGCAGCUGGUCCAAAACUUCCUGCAGGAGGAGCUGCGCCACGACGUGCCCACCGGUCAGACGCCGCAGAGGCGGGACUUUGUGUACCCGCGCCAGGUGGCCAAGAUGUGGAGUCGCACGGAGAUGCUGGAGAAUCUCAGGAGGCAACAGGACGAGCUGCAGGCCGCCACCGAAGACGAGGAGCAAGAGCGUGACCAUGAGUCCGAGGAUGAUGACAAAAGCAGCCAGGGCUCCCUGGAGGACGAGCUGAGCACAUGCAACGAGAGCGUGGCCACCGAAGGCUCCUUCAUUGACGAGAACCUGGUCUUCAACGAGGCCAAGCGCCUUCCGUUCUUCAAGCAAAAGAAGGCCAGGAAGAAAGAGGGCAAGGUCCCAAGCAGGCCCAAAGUGUGCGACAGUGAGGCCGGGCCCACCCCACAGAAGUCCCGACUCCCGCUGCGCUGUCAGAACUAAACUCAACAGUGUUCCCAUUUUGGUUUUUAGCUGCCAGUUAACGUUCUGUCUUUUAUGAAUGUGUCUGUUUUAAUCUGUCAUAUUAAACUUGUGUUUUGUGAUUCUGCUAUUCAUUAUAAAAUGAGUAAUAGUUGUUCCGAUGAAUAAAAGUAAUUACAAAACUGAA